AUGGAAUGGGCUAGAACAAAAUCCGCGGCCGCCUACAACUACGUCCGUUCUUGGGUUGAGGAUCUCUACCUUUCCUAUAACAAAGAAAAUCGAACUUCUUAUGUGCUCAAAGAUGGAUUAAACAACACCAAAGUCACUGGCGACGAGAACGUCGACGGUAUCCAGGGUUCGAUCAAUAGUGCCGUGGGCAACACGGUUGCGCCAGGGCAAGUUGGUGGUGUCGUAGGCGGUGCAGUGGAUCAGAACGUUCUCAGGGGGAAUUUCAGAUAA